AUGCUUGUGGAAAGCCCCGGCCUGACUUCAUUGAUCGGUGUCAGCCUCGCGCAGGAAGUCAGGACGCGAUACCCGGACUGUCGAACUCCACUAUCUGUACUGGCGAACAUGCACUUAUCAAAGACGGCUUCCGAUCAUGGCCUUCAGGUAGGACAGCGCUUCAAAACUUCAUUUGCCGGAUUAUUCUAUCUCACGCUUUGGCUUAGUGGCAAGCUGCACAUAAUGGACAACCGCGGCGAGGCCUGGAAGACACUCUUGGUCAUGAUCCCGUCUCUUGCAGCAACGCUUGUUGCGGUGAGCCGUAUUAUGGAUGCAAGGCAUCAUCCGUUCGAUGUCAUCACUGGAUCGCUCCUAGGUAUUAUCUGCGCCUGCAUCUCGUACCGUCAAUAUUUCCCUUCACUCAACGAGCCUUGGAAGAAAGGACGCGCCUAUCCCAUCCGGACAUGGGGCAGGGAUCCCGUGGGGCCUGUCGAGACUGUCCGCCUGGUGGGUACUGAUGGAAGCACUGCCGCUCUGAGGAACCCGGAGGAGGAGCGAUUGAAUGAAGCUCCUCAGUCGAAGACGACCGGAAGUGAUGCUGGUAGGCCCUUGUACCUACCGGAAUCUAAUCCAUACACUACAAACAUGUACGGCUACUCAAGACGUGACGAGGACGACAACUGGUCGUCCUCCAGCGAGGAUGUUGCUGGUGGAUAUGAGAUGCAACCUGGCUAUGCCCGGACACAGAACCCAGCAUUGAACGGACCAACGGCGCGACUCGAUGUUGAUACGGCGUACCACUCCCAGACCCCUCAGGUCGUACUUGGUGCCGCCACUACCCACGAAACACCGGGCGCGAUUCCGACUCAUGCGGACCGAGGGCGUGACCUUACAGAUAUGCCGUACCGGGAAGUCUGA